AGCGGCGCCUGCGAUUGGCCCGAGCGAGGGGGCGUGCCGGUGAAGUUUCCGGAGUGCGGAAGAAAGAUCUGGAAGGUUCUGGGGGGCGGAGUCGCGCUGGUACAAGAGCUGUGUGAGGAUUAGCAGAGGAGACAUACCGAGUGACAGAGCGCUGACACGCACAGGUCUUUCUGUAGUGUUACACUCCACCCAAAAGCAUGGGGAAGGAUUAUUACAAAAUCCUUGGACUUUCCAAAGGAGCAACAGAAGAGGAGAUUAAAAAGGCUUACAGAAAACAAGCACUGAAGUAUCACCCAGACAAGAACAAAGACCCAGGAGCUGAGGAACGCUUCAAAGAGAUUGCCGAGGCAUAUGAUGUACUCAGUGAUCCCAAAAAGAAGGAAAUAUUUGACAAGUUUGGGGAAGAAGGUCUAAAGGGAACCCCAGGUGGUGGUGGUGGAGGAGGAGGAGGUGGUCCAUCUUACAGCUACACAUUCCAUGGAGACCCUCAUGCCAUGUUUGCAGAAUUCUUUGGAGGUCGUAAUCCAUUUGACAACUUCUUUGCCCGUAAUGAUGAUGACAUGGACACUGAUGACCCCUUUGCUAGUUUUGGCAUGGGAGGGUUUAGUCAUUAUCCUAGGGCUCCUGUGGGCCGACGAGAGCCAGUCACCAAGAAGCAAGACCCCCCAGUGGUGAGGGAACUACCUGUCUCGCUAGAAGAUGUAUACAAUGGUUGCACUAAGAAAAUGAAGAUCUCACAUAAGAGGCUGGGUCCAGAUGGGAGGAGUGUGCAUAAUGAAGAUAAAAUCCUGACCAUUCAGGUUAAGAGAGGUUGGAAGGAAGGCACCAAAAUCACAUUUCCCAAGGAAGGGGAUGAGACCCCAAACAACAUCCCUGCAGACAUUGUCUUUGUUUUGAAAGAUAAACCUCACACUUUGUACAAGAGAGACUCUUCAAAUGUUAUCUAUACAGCCAAGAUCAGCCUGCGGGAGGCUCUUUGUGGCUGCUCCCUCAACAUCCCCACCUUGGAAGGUCGCACCAUUCCUCUAGUGGUCAAAGACAUAGUCUCUCCUGGGACCAAGCGGCGAAUCCCCGGUGAAGGACUCCCACUUCCAAAGUCUCCUGAACAACGAGGAGACUUAAUUGUGGAGUUUGACAUUCGGUUUCCAGAGCGACUUCCCGCUGCAUCUCGUGAAGUAUUGGAAAGGAUCCUUCCUGCAUAAGGACAACGCAGUGCCUAAUCUUAGUGACAGACCAAAGUAGAUCUGACGGGACUAGCUGUACACUCCUUAAGUUUCAGGAGGGGUUCACUGUCCCAAAUGAUGGCAUACAUUGAGCUCAGAGGUGUAUAUAUGAGUUUCCUUAUAUUUAAUGUUUUUGGUUUUAAACUAAAUUUCUCACCACCAGAGAGCCAUUAACGGAACAUUUAAUUUACUCAAUUUCAGAAAGUCUUAGAAAUUAGUUUAGAACCAGGAAUUUGAAUCUGUAGGAGCCAUAAACCUCUGAAAUUCUCAUGUGCCUGCAAGUCUACAUAAUGGCUUUGUUCAUGAUCUGUUGGCAACAAAGGUCAUCUGCAUUUAAUUGGAAGCUGGUGCAAAGCAACAGCAAAAAGUGAUGAGGGUGCAGCAUUUGGGAAUAAAUUUUUCAGGUUUUGCACUUUCUAGAAAUAUUAAAACAUGAAGCACAAGAGGGUGCCACAAAUGUGUAGUAAAUGUAUCCCAACCAGGCUCAAAGUACUUAUUUUUGUGUUCCUAUGUAGACAUAAACUUCGCUUUACCCUUAAUUACCCGUCAUCAUACUCUAAUCUGAAUUAAGGCACUUUCAGAACUCUGUAAAACUGGCCGAUCCAAAGACCAGUAUGUGUACGUGAAUGUAUGAAGCAUUAGGUUGUGGCCUGCAAAUUUUCUUUCGUUGGAAGUAAGAGAAAUCUGGGAAUAUUCUUACAUUUGUUGCUUUUUAGUAGAUCAAUAAUGUUCGUAUGAAUAUUUGCCACCUUUCCUGCCCUUGUGAUUUGUAUGUGGUGAAUUCCAAUUGUCGGCGUGACUGCAGCCAUUCUGAAAUGUUGCUUUUUGAUUCAGAAACAUCUCAUCUGGUUUUCUCACAGUGUUCACGCCUCAAUUAUGUGGUUUGUGGAAACCAUGUUUUUGGUUGUGAAACCAUAUCUCCUUGCUGAUCGAAGGCUCCAAAUCUUGUUAUUCCAAGUUCAGUACUUGUCUUUUUCUGUAAGGUUAAACCUUUACGUGUGUAUUUGCUAUACAUGUUAUUUUUUUAUAUGGGAUUUUUUUUAUAAUAUAUAUAUAUAUAUAUAUAUAUAUACAAGACUCAAAUCUUUAUCUUGUGGAUGUCCAGGAAAGUAGUUUAAGGAAUGAUCUCCUGUUGAUCGAACAUGUGUUUAUCUAUUGUAACUGGAACUGUUUAUAACAGAAAACCUGCUUUGAGAAUCUCCACUUUU